CGCUCAGUACUGUAACCAUUCACUCUCUUCAUCUAUAAUUUGUCCAGCCAACUUCCCAUCAGCAGCAUGACCAUCCCUCUUGAUUCUCACGCAGGCCCAUCCCGUCCCAAGACAACAGUACAAGAUCUCCCUUCUCUUCAACCGGAAAUCAUCGUAGUAGGAGCAGGUAUAGCAGGUACAGCCAUAGCGUAUGGUCUAGCAAGCACCGGUCGUUCUAUCCUUUUACUCGAAAGAGAUCUCUCCGAACCUGAUCGUAUAGUCGGUGAAUUAUUACAACCAGGAGGUGUUGCGGCUUUACAUCGUCUAGGUCUUCAAGGAUGCUUGGAAGGUAUAGAUGCUACUCCCGUAGAAGGUUAUUGUGUGGUAUUGGGUGAAAGAAGGGUAAAGAUACCUUAUCCUAUGUUGGAGAAAUAUGUCAAUGGGACUUCUUCUCAAACACAAAGUCAGACUUGGUACGUCGAAUCUUUCUCAGGACACAAAGAAGGUAGAUCAUUCCAUCAUGGUCGUCUUAUCACUUCCCUUCGACAAGCUUGUUAUUCAGCUCCUAAUCUCACUGUCAUCGAAGCGACAGUCCGAGAUCUUAUCACAUGCGAACAUACUUCCCGUAUCAUUGGCGUCACAGCGGCUUUCAAAUCCAUCGAGCCUGCCCUUUCUACCGAUUUGACCCAAUCUACAGAUAUGGACAAAGCAAAAGAAUCAGCAACGACAACGGUCGUUAGAAACAUCUACGCACCUUUGACCAUCAUCGCCGAUGGACUAUUUUCGAAAUUCAGAAAUCUACCAGGACUCAAAUUACCCACACCAAUCUUUAGAAGUCAUUUUGUAGGGGUAAUCCUGAAAGAUGUGUCUUUACCUAUUGAUAAAUAUGGGACGGUAUGUUUAACGCCGAGUGGACCGGUUUUACUUUAUCAGAUAGGUUGGAAAGCGAGGGAAAUUAGAAUGUUAGUUGAUGUAGCUGGGAAACUGCCAAGUGUGGCCGAUGGAAGUUUGAAACAACAUAUCAUCGAUAAUUACCUCCCACAUCUUCCUCUUGAACUCCACUCGGCCGUACGAGACGCCUUGGAUACUCAACGACUCCGUACAAUGCCCAAUUCUUUCCUUCCCCCAGCUCAACAAGCCUCAUCCCCGUCCUCCCUACAAGGAGCUAUCCUCAUAGGAGACGCAUGGAAUAUGCGUCAUCCCCUCACAGGUGGUGGUAUGACCGUAGCAUUCGCCGAUGCCGUCUUACUCACCGAGUAUCUUCGUCCUUGUCCUGAGCUGCCUGAGGGUAGGGAAGGACUAGAAGAUUGGGCUGUGAUUGGUGAAAGGGUGAGAAAAUGGUUUUGGAGAAGAAAACACUUAGCGGCUGUGGUGAAUAUCUUAAGUGUGGCUUUAUAUGAUUUGUUCGGAGGAGCGAAUGAGGAUUUGGCAAUACUACGAGAAGGAUGUUUCAAAUAUUUCGAAUUAGGUGGUGAAUGUGUUGCUGGACCAGUCGGACUUCUCUCUGCUCUAACACCCCGUCCCAUGCUCUUAUUCUAUCAUUUCUUUUCCGUCGCUUUUUAUUCCAUAUGGAUUUUACUUCGCUAUGGUCCUCCAGAUCAGAAAAGACGUAAAAACGUCAUACUUGAUUUACCCGCACGUACCCUCAAAAGUUUUCAAGUGUUUUGGACGGCUUGCGUGGUCAUUUUACCUAUCAUUUGGACAGAAUUACAUCCUUGACCCUACCUUGGGUGAUACUCGUUUGUUCUCCCGUGUCAUCGACAACAUGCACAUAAUGACACAUUCAACUUUCACAUCAGUCAAAUAGCAAGUGUUACACUUUGCCAAAAGGAUGAUCGGAAGAUAAGAAGACAAUUUUGAAGGAUUUUGGAAUUAGACAUUGCACAAUGAGCAACAGUCCCAGAUUGCAGAAAAGUUUCAAAAUGUUGAGAAACAGGGAGAAACAUUAUUAUAGUCACAUAAUCACUACGACUGGUCAAUGUUCAUGUCUCGAUGCAAACUUCACACUAC